ACCAUUUAUAGUCAGAAGUCAAUAGAAAAAAUACAAUAAAGCGCAACUGUUUCAGUCUUUGACGAACAGUAUAAUGGUACCAAAAUGGUAACUAAAAACAUUUAGUUUCAACGUCUUCAGCAUAAUUUGCUGGAAAAAUUCGAAAAUUGAAUUUAUUGCAGUCACUUUAAAAUUGUCCCGAAUUCCACUUGAACGCACUUGUUGCAACAUAGCUUGAAAAAACUUACUUGAAUAUAUGUAUAAAAUUUUUAUCCUUCAGCUUAUAUCACAAUUUUUCAUUGCGCCAAAUAAUAUAAAUAGUAACGCAAAAAAACACCAACUUGAAACUUUCUCAUUUUGUAGCAAAAAGUGAAACGAAUCUGCAGCUUUUUCAUUCUGCAUUUUAUAUAUUACGCUUUCAAAAAAUGAAAUUUAUCUAUUUACCCAAAAGUCAAAUUGUGUUUAUUGUCUGAGUCGGAAAUAUAAUAUUACAACUCGUGCUCCUGUAAUUGAGGAAUGCACGAGGAAGUUCUCUGCCAGGACCCGGCAGUCGACACCCAGAACCUUCUCCGGGAAAAAGCAGUGGAGUUGUUUGGCAUUUGCGACAAGGAGUGCAAAGGGUUCAUUACACGCCGUGAUCUGCUGAGGUUGACACAUGAACUCCCUCUGACUGCAGAUGUGUUGGAAGAGGUGUUCGACAGACUAGACGAUGAUGGCAAUGGAUACCUGAGUUUCGAGGAGUUCACCGAUGGAUUCGGACAGUUUCUCAGCUAUGUCGAUGGCCAUGAAGACGAAGACCCAGUGGAAGUAGCCGCUAAAGGCCAUAAAAAGAACUCUGUGGCCACUAAUGGCUCCUCAAAUGACCCCAAUGAAGACGGAGAACAGUUUGAACAACUUCUGCAGCAGUUGAAAGGCCAUGAAGUGGUCCCUGAUGCGAAUAGUUUGAAGCAUAUAUGGACUCGGCUGAGAAGCACAGACCCGAAUAGUGUGAACCUUUUUGAAGAUUUCCUAUCGAAGAUGGUGCGUGACAUGCGUGCGACAGUGGCUGAGCAGAGGGAGUUGGAGGAGGCUCUGAAGACGAGGGCAGUGUUGCAUGAUGAGGAGCUGAGCAAGUUGUACGAGGAGAUGGAGGCCCAGUUGGACAUGGAGAGACAGAGGGUGAAGAGACAGGAACAGGACCGGGAACAGAAGGUGCGCGAGGAAAUGCUGGAGGAGCUGCAACAGAAAGAGCGACAGUUGCAGGAGUUGAUCCAGAAGAAGAACAGUCUGGGGGAGCAAGUGAAGAAACUUCAGGGGGAUGAGACUAGUGUGAGGAUGGAGAACGACCUGCUGUUGCAGAAGAACGACGAACUAGAAGACACGGUGAGGAAAUUGGACACCAGCUACCAUGAGACGCAACAAUACCUCAAGACCAUCAAAGACCAAAUGAACCAGGAGAAGAGAGAGCGAGCUCGUGCUGCUCUGAAGGUGAAUGAGAGCAUAGCCAAAGAGAGAACAACUCUAGUCCAACAACUGGACCAACUCAGAGAGGAAAAUAAACUACUCAAGGACGAACGUGACGAACUCGUGACCUUCAAAGCAUCAGUCGGCAUGAUCGAAAACCUCCUGAAACAAGUUCAAGACAAAGGCACGAUCGAGGUCAGCACUGAAGACGACGAAGAAGAAGCAGACGACGACGAGACUGCGAAUGACGUCAGCGAAAUAGCCAGUCUGAGUGAAUUCGAGGAAGAAGACGAAGGAACAGCCGAGGAAGGGAACGCAACGGCAUCUAAAGAAGCAAAUCUAUCGGCCGAAGUGUCAAUUUGCGUAACAGAUCAUGGCGAUGGUGAAAACGUAACAAGCAUACCGCUUUCUAGCAGCCGCGCUCAAGAAGGAGCAGAUUUGGUUGAUGCCGAUGUAAGAGGGGAGUUGGCAACUCAUGGAAACGAAGUUCAGAAUAAAGAUGGGGGUGUGAGCAAAACAGAUGGGCCAGGAAGGGCGAAGCUGGGGGUUCGGUCGUCCAAUAGGAGACGGAGUUUAUCGCUGAAAAGAGCAGACGGGUCAUCUGGAAGCACUGAAAAGGCGACCAAAGGUAUCCGACGUCGUCACACUUCCAAAAACAAAGACAAAGCUGCGACGACCUUGACAGUGGGAGGCAACUUAGAAAAGGGCAAGUCGAUCUCGGUGGAGAAGUUUUCAAGCAACUUGAGUGCUCUUCUGUCCACCAACCAACUUGACCUGACCACUCUGAAACUACCAACUAACCAUGCUGCAGAUGGACCUCGGCGGGGUUCCAUAAUUGGGAGCUACAUGCCCCCGGGGGGCGACAGUGGGAGAGGGGGAGAGGGGGAGGAUACAGAUGAAGAUGUGGACUUUGAGGACGAGAUGGAGGCUGAGGAGAGGAUGGGGCUGCAAAGAAACGCAAAGCAACUAUUUCUGCAGGAUGCGGAUGGUUCUCACAUCAAUUGGGAGAGAAGAAACAGCAGUAGGUCCAUGGAGACGAUCAACCUCAACAACUCUGCCUUCCACCUCAACAACAUGGGUCAAGGAGCCAGCUUUGACACCGUCGAGGGGGAAGAUGGGGAGGAUAAGCUGGGUCUCAUGUGCAAUGCUAUCAGGGAAUCAUCCCUUACCCCCCAGAACCAAUUCCAAGAGAUCCCAGAGGAGACAAGUACAACUAUGAAUGGGGAUCAAUUGAUGGACAUCACCCGUCACAGAGUGUUCAAAAUAGUGUUCGUGGGGGACUCCGGAGUGGGUAAAUCUUCCUACAUCUCCAGAGUGUGUAGAGACCAGUUUAGUGCGUCACUUCCGGCUACUGUUGGUGUGGACUACCAUGUGAAACAGUUGGUGUUGGAUAAUGUGUGCUACUCUCUACAGUUCUGGGACACAGCCGGACAAGAGCGGUAUCGUUCGAUCACGAAGCAGUACUUUAGAAGGACGGAUGCGAUCGUGGUCAUGUAUGACGUCACAAAUGAGAGGAGUCUGCUGAAUGUGCGGCAGUGGGUGGAGGAGAUCAGGGAGGAGAUAGACACAGAAGACAUACUCUUAUUUCUACUAGGCAGCAAGAUGGACCUGAAGUUCGAGCCUGACCUGAAACUGCACCCGAUAGAUCAGGAGGAGGGUCGCAUCCUCGCCGACCAGUGUGGCGCCUUCUUCAUGGAGGUCAGCUCAAGAUCAGGCGACGGCAUCUCGGACAGUGUGCAACUGCUGGCUCAGGAACUGGCCAAGCUGGAAGACAAAGACCUGGAAAAUGCCAAAAAUAUUGUUCUCAAAACCAAAAAGAAAAAAUCUGGCUGCUGCUGAACUUUUUUUCUCGCAAUCACUUUUUUCAAUAUGUUAACUUAAUUUUUCAUUAAUAAUUUGUGGAAAACCUGAUCAAUUGGCAUGGAAAUCAGGGGCAGCUGAAGGGGUUGCAUAGUCCCUCCUUUCCCCUCCACAAAAGUUUGAGCAGCUCAAAAAUCCGAGCAGCUAUUUGAACCAAGCAUCAAACAUGACCAUUAUUUUAUUAAUUUAUUAUUUUUUUCAUUCUUCAAAGGAGCUCCAAAAAACUGGUGCACACAUGUCAGAUUAAAUAUUGUCUCCCCUUAUGCACUGCGGGAGCGGGUCUGCAGCAAAAAAAAACAUGACAGAUUGUAGAUUGUAAACUCUUUUAGAUGAUACAUUUGCUUUGUAAAAAACCACCAAAAAUCAACAUUCCUAAACAUUUAAAAGAUACAUGAGUAUUAUGAAAUUGAUAAAUUUAUUGCAAUG